AUGAAUCAAAUAGUUUCUGGCAUUCAAUUCAACGUAGGCGCUAGAUACGAAGUGAAGAAAUUAUUAGGUGCUGGUGCCUAUGGACAUGUAGCCCUUGCUAUUGACAAGAAACAAACUGAUCCAGAGAAAUAGAAAGUGGCUAUUAAAAAGCUUCAUCUAGUAAGAGAUGAGAUCGACGCAAAAAGAGUGUUGAGAGAGAUUAGAAUUUUGAGAACAAUGCAACAUGAGAAUAUCCUUCAUCUAGAGAAUCUCAUCUAUGAUGAUUCCAACAAAGAGUUGGAAUUUGGAGAAAUCUAUUUAGUUACUAAUUACUUAGAAGUGGAUCUCUACAAGAUUAUUAAGAGCGGACAAAAUCUUACUGAUUAGCACUACCAAUACAUAAUAUAUCAAUUACUUAAAGGGUUAAAAUAUUUGCACUCUGCAAGUAUUGUCCACAGAGAUAUAAAGCCAAGCAAUAUUUUGGCUACUGAGAAUUGUGAAAUAUGCUAUUGCGAUUUUGGAUUGGCAAGAUAAAUAGAAGAAUUGGAAGCAGAGGAUAAUAGAUGCCAGAACAUGUUGACAGAAUACGUAGUAACAAGGUAUUAUAGAGCUCCUGAAGUAAUGUUAUCAUCUCAUGAAUAUUCAACAGCAAUUGAUAUUUGGUCAUUGGGAUGCACAUUUGCUGAAUUAAUUACAAAGCAAAUUUUAUUUAAAGGAACCAAUUACAUAUAAAUGAUAAAGUUAAUUUUUGAUACUCUAGGUAAACCUUAAGAUGAAGACUUAUAAUUUAUUACAAAUAGCAAUGCAAAGAAAUAUGUGAAUAGUCUCUAGACAAAAAUGAAAUGUUCAAUUGGUAGUGUAAUCAAAUAUACAAAUCCACAUGCAAUUGAUUUGUUGGAUAAAAUGCUAGAAAUUAAUCCUAAGAAGAGAAUUACAAGUGCUGAGGCGUUAAAUCACCCCUAUUUAGAAUCAAUUAGAGAUCCUGAUGAUGAACCUUCAUUUGAAGGACACCUAGAUUCUCAGUUUGAAAAUGAUAGCACCAUAUUAUUGAAAGAUUUGAAAGUGUUAAUCUUAAAUGAACUCAAUUUGAUGAAAUAAAUUAAUAACGAACCUCUGAUUAAUAUUUAAUUAGAAGUAGAAAAAAGAGAGUAGAUAGUCAAGAUAAAUUAAUAAAAGAAACAAUAAUUGAAACAACAACAGUAAUAAUAAUGA